AUCGACAACGAGCCAGUGUUACUUUUAAAUUAUUUUGGUUUCCUAAAGCUACAACAAGAGCAAGAAUUAGUCAAGAUCCAAAGUUAAUUGCUUCCAUUCAAGAAUUCUCUCAAAUUUUAAAGAAUAAGGGUGUCGACCUUAGCACAGGUCAAAUGCCUUCUAUGCUACAGAUGGCUAGGUUGGCAACUGAUGGUCAAGUGAAACAAAAACUCAUCAAUUUGAAUAAUGAGUUUAAAAAUGCAGGAGUUGAAUUUAAUGCAGAGACCGCUCAAAAAUAUAUUACAUUAGAUGAAGCAGAAACUGAUAUUAAACAGUCUCCAGAUAAGUGA